GUUUUAUCCCAAAAAUUAGAAAGAAAUAGAGUUUAGAAAGAGAAAGUAAAAAUGGCGGAAGCAAAAACAGUGCAUUCUCCCAUGGUUACUUAUGUGUCAAUGUUAUCACUUCUCACUCUUUGCCCUCCUUUUGUUAUUAUUCUAUGGUAUACAAUGGUACAUGCUGAUGGCUCUCUAUCUCAGACAUGGCAAAACUUCAAGGAACAGGGGUUACAAGGUUUCAUUAACAUAUGCCCUAAACCCACAUACAUUGCAUGCAAAAUUAUCUUCUGUUAUGGAGUUUAUGAGGCUGCACUUCAGCUAUUGUUACCAGGGAAAAGAGUGGAGGGACCUAUAUCUCCCACAGGGAAGCGUCCUGUCUAUAAGGCAAAUGGUAUGCAAGCAUAUUUUGUCACUUUGGUCACUUAUCUUGGACUUUGGUGGUUUAAUAUCUUCAAUCCGGCGAUUGUGUAUGAUCAUUUGGGAGAAAUAUUCUCAACGCUGAUAGUUGGAAGCUUCAUAUUUUGCAUCUUAUUGUACAUAAAAGGACAUAUCGCACCAUCUUCUACGGAUUCCGGUUCUUGCGGGAACUUUAUAAUUGAUUUCUAUUGGGGUAUGGAGCUAUAUCCACGAAUUGGUAAGAACUUCGACAUAAAAGUUUUUACGAACUGCAGAUUUGGAAUGAUGUCUUGGGCAGUCCUUGCCUUAACAUACUCUAUAAAGCAGUAUGAGCUUUAUGGCAAGGUUUCUGAUUCCAUACUGGUCAAUACCAUUUUAAUGGUUGUGUAUGUCACAAAGUUCUUCUGGUGGGAAGCUGGGUAUUGGAAUACCAUGGACAUUGCCCACGAUCGAGCCGGGUUCUACAUUUGCUGGGGAUGCUUGGUGUGGGUCCCUUCGGUGUAUACUUCUCCAGGCAUGUAUCUAGUCAACCACCCUGUUCAUCUUGGAAUUCAGCUUUCGGUUUAUAUUCUGGUGGCGGGUAUUUUGUGCAUCUUUAUCAAUUACGACUGCGACAGGCAGAGACAAGAGUUUCGUAGAACUAAUGGCAAAGGCUUGGUUUGGGGGAAAGCUCCUUCAAAGAUUCUGGCCUCAUACACUACGACAUCAGGAGAAACCAAGACUAGUCUUCUGUUGACCUCAGGAUGGUGGGGUUUAUCUCGACAUUUCCAUUAUGUCCCAGAAAUUUUAGCCGCUUUUUUCUGGUCACUUCCUGCACUUUUUGAUCAUUUUUUGCCAUACUUCUACGUGAUAUUUCUCACUAUUCUUCUUGUGGACCGUGCUAAAAGGGAUGAUGACCGAUGCCGAUCAAAGUAUGGCAAGUACUGGAAACUAUACUGUGACAAGGUUCCCUACAGGAUUAUACCCGGAAUCUAUUGAGUACACUUUGUAUGAGCUUCUAUUUCUUAACUCAUCGCUAUGUACGUUGCCAUAUAAUCACUCUGUGUUGUGAUAGUCUAAUAGAGGCAUAAUAUGUUAGUUAUUGUGUAAAUAUUGAUGCCUGUAGUCUAGUGAGCUUCUUUGUCUUCUAUUAUUCUCGGAAGACAGUGAUGUUUGACUUGAUACUCGGUAUGGGCAUGGUACAUUACCAAGUCUCGCGCCUUAAUGAGAAUUGAGCUUAAUGGCGUCUUUUGCCUUGAGCUUUACCCA